CGCGGGGAUAUUUACAUUAAUAAAUAAAUAAAUAGCGGAAAUAUAAAAAAGACGUGUUUAUUUGAAUAACGGAAAUUUAAAAAAAGACGUGUUUAAGCAUAGUGAUCCUACUAGUUAAUUGUUAAAUCAGAUACUCCUAUCCGAAUAUAAUCUUUAGUUUUCUCGUAUGAUACAAACUCUAAUUGAUUCGAAACUCUUUAUCAAUAUAAUAUCCACGAUUUGUAGUUAUCUCAUGUAACCAACUCUAAUUGAUUACGAACUCUCAGUCAAUAUAAGAAGUCAUGUAGCUCUAAACUUGAAUUGUGCAUUUUAACAUACUGUCUUCUAUCCUUUUUGCUACUGCUUAAAGUUUUAGGCAAGCAGAUUGACAGAGAAUCAUGGAUUUGAAAUUUGAAUGAUCAUUCGAGUGAAAAAUUUGAAGAGCAACUUCGAGAGAUUGGGAAAGAGCUUUCGCAGCUUCCAACUCAAGUCGAUCAACUACUAACUCUUCUCGACAAAGUUGAGAGUCUUCUAGCAAAGGUGGAGCAGACGCCUGUGUCGUCGAUAGAGAAGGCGUAUUCUCAAUGUAUGGAAGCAUUGGUGGCUGAAGCACUCUUAAGGCACACAGAUGUUGAUGUUCAAGUUGCAGUUGCAACUUGCAUCAACGAAUUUCUUAGAAUUACUGCACCAGUAGCUCCAUACGAUGACGACAAGAUGAAGGAGUGUGCACUAUACAUUUCUUAUGUUAUUCAAUAUUUUAUACUUCUCUAGUUCUGAGGUCUUUAUAUUUGUUGUUUGCAGGAAGUAUUCAGGCUGAUUGUAUCAUCGUUUAGAAAUUUGUCUGACAUGUCCAGUCGAUCAUAUGAAAAGUGUGUCACCAUGCUUGAAAAUGUUGCCAAGGUCAGGUCAGGGAUUCUGAUGCUAGAUCUGGAAUGUAACUGGUUGCUCUCGGAGAUGUUCCAAAACUUUCUAAGCUCAAUAAGGGAAUUUCAUCCGAAAAAUAUCUUCAAACACAUGGAAACAGUAAUGUGUCUUGUACUAGAGGAAAGUGAUGAUGAUUCCCUGUCCCUGGAGCUUUUAGCUGUCAUUCUAGCUAUUUUAAAAAGGGACAACGAGGAAAUUCUCGUUAGUGCUCAGAAAUUGGCAGAGAGUAUAUUGGUGAACUGUGGUGUCAAGCUUAAACCUCAGCUCAAGCAAGCUGUGAACUCACUGGGUCUUCCUUUAGAUGGUUACAGUGAUAUUGUUGCUACAAUAUGCAAUGAAUCCAAUAGUGAGGUUGAGCCCAACGAUGGUGAUUUUUCUUCGCAAAAGGAAAAACCAGAAGCUGUAGAAGUGGUGAUCAGCAAACUGUUUGGACAUGAUGACAAAAUUGUCGCGAUAGAUAAAACUGAUGGAGCUGCCGAGGACUUCUGUACACAGAAUUCUGAACAAAUUUCAGAAAAACCAGACGCUGCAGAAAUGGCGGUGAAAAGUCUGUUUGCUGGCGUUGAAACUGGUAUGCCAGCAUCGAAGAGCAGAAUAGAUUGGAUGACAACUCCAAUGGAUUAUAUUGGUUUGAGUCCAAUGGAUUAUAUUGGUUGGAGUUAUAGUUCUCCAGUGACAUUUGCAUCGAUUCUAAGCCAGUCUCUAAAUACCACUUCGAAGUGGGGAAAUGUAUUAGAGAAUGACAAUGCAGGAGUCGUCAAUGAAAAUGCUAUGAGACUCCAUUUGACAACAGAAGACAUUCCAUCUGAAAUUUGUGCUGCUGUGGAUGAAACAACUAUGCCCUCGUCAAAGAGGAGACGUUGUUCGACAACAGAAGACAUGCAAACUCAAAUUGAUAAUUCUGCUUUCGGUGAUAAUGCUCCAGGGUCAAAGCCUCAAAGCCAGUCUCAAGCUAAAUCAAAGAAUGGGGAUGAGGAGUCUUCCAAGUUGGCAGAGUUUAUUGGUAUUCUAGCAGAGGCUUUAAAUGAUAUGGUUGAUAGUAAAAAGCUCCCAAUCCCAGUUGAAGAACUCUGGGGUUUUAUACAUGAAAUGAAGCUGGACGGAGAUCUUGCAGGUGAUGCUUUUGUAUUUCUGUUGGACAGACCUGUGCAGCUGAAAGGUCUUGUAUCCACUCCCAUUGGCAUUCGCAAAUCCAUACUUCUGAAAAUGAUGAUGAGAGAUGCAAAGUAGGAGUUAGAUAAUUUUGCAUACUAAUCAAAAUUCAACAUUUUAUUCUCGUAGCUAAUGGUUUUUUGGAAGCUUGUGCCACCUUCAUUGGUAUCGUUUGAUGCAUUAGUUAUAUCUAUUUAUAUAUUGAUAUUUAGAGACACGUCGUGUCUUAAGUUUU